AUGGGGACAGGGCUGCAUGGCUGUCCCCUCCUGGGAUCUGAUUGUGAUGAAUUGGAAAUCGAGAACAAGGAUGACCACAAUAAAAUUCCCAGAGAGGUGAAGCCAUGUAAAAAUUUGGAGUAUGCAGAAAGCUGCAGUCAGAGCUCCCAUUCCACUUCCAAUCAACAAAAUCUCAUUGGAAAGAAAUGUUAUCAGUGCAAGGAAUGUGGAAAGGACUUCAGGAAGAGCACCUCUCUCACUUCUCAUCAAAUAAUUCAUACAGUGGAGAAACCAUAUCAGUGUGUGGAAUGUGGAAAGAGCUUCAGUCAGAGCUCCCAUCUGACUUCCCAUCAAAGAAUUCAUACAGGGGAGAAACCCUAUCAGUGUUUCGAAUGUGGAAAGAGCUUUAGUCACAGCCACAGUCUCACUUCCCAUCAAAGAAUUCAUACAGGGGAGAAACCCUAUCAGUGUAUGGAAUGUGGAAAGAGCUUUAGUCACAGCUAUUUGAGUCUCACUUCCCAUCAAAGAAUUCAUACAGGGGAGAAACCCUAUCAGUGUGUGGAAUGUGGAAGGAGCUUCAGUCAGAGCUCCAAUCUCACUUCCCAUCAAAGAAUUCAUACAGGGGAGAAACCCUAUCAAUGUGUGGAAUGUGGAAUUAGCUACAGUCAGACCUCCUCUCUCAAUUCCCAUCAAAGAAUUCAUACAGGGGAGAAACCCUAUCAGUGCUUCGAAUGUGGAAGGAGCUUCAGUCAUAACUCCCAUCUCACUUCCCAUCAAAGAAUUCAUAUAGGGGAGAAACCCUAUCAGUGUGUGGAAUGUGGAAAGAGUUUCACUGAUGGCUCCUCUCUCACUUCCCAUCAAAGAAUUCAUACGGGGGCGAAACCCUAUCAGUGCUUCGAAUGUGGAAAGAGCUUCAGUCAGAGCUCCAGUCUCAUUUCCCAUCACAGAAUUCAUACAGGGGAGAAACCGUAUCAGUGUUUGGAAUGUGGAAGGAGCUUCAGUCAGAGCUCCAAACUCACUUUCCAUCAAAGAAUUCAUACAGGGGAGAAACCAUAUCAGUGCUUUGAAUGUGGAAAGAGCUUCAGUAGGAAGGACAGUCUCACUUCCCAUCAAAGAAUUCAUACAAGAAAGAAUCCCUAUCAGUGUGUGAAAUGUGGAAAGAGCUUCACUGAUAGCUCCUCUCUCACUUCCCAUCAAAGAAUUCAUACAGGGGAAACACCCUAUCAGUGCGUGGAAUGUGGAAAGAGCUUCAGUCACAGCUCCAAACUCGCUUUCCAUCACAGAAUUCAUACAGGGGAGAAACCCUAUCAGUGUUUGGAAUGCGGAAGGAGCUUUAGUCAGAGCUCCAAACUCACUUUCCAUCAAAGAAUUCAUACAGGGGAGAAACCAUAUCAGUGCUUUGAAUGUGGAAAGAGCUUCAGUAGGAAGGACAGUCUCACUUCCCAUCAAAGAAUUCAUAUAGGGGAGACACCCUAUCAGUGCUUUGAAUGUGGAAAGAGCUUCAGUCAGGGAUCCAAACUCACUUCCCAUCAAAGAAUUCAUACAGGGGAGAAACCAUAUCAGUGCUUUGAAUGUGGAAAGAGCUUCAGUACGAAGGACAGUCACACUUCCCAUCAAAGAAUUCAUACAGGGGAGAAACCAUAUCAGUGUUUGGAAUGUGGAAGGAGCUUCAGUCAGAGCUCCAAACUCACUUCCCAUCAAAGAAUUCAUACAGGGGACAAACCAUAUCAGUGCUUUGAAUGUGGAAAGAGCUUCAGUAGGAAGGACAGUCUCACUUCCCAUCAAAGAAUUCAUACAGGGGAGAAACCCUAUCAGUGUUUGGAAUGUGGAAGGAGCUUCAGUCAGAGCUCUAAUCUCACUUCCCAUCAAAGAAGUCAUACAGGGGAGAAACCCUAUCAGUGUGUGAUAUGUGGAAAGAGCUUCACUGGUAGUUCCUCUCUCACUUCCCAUCAAAUAAUUCAUACAGGGGUGAAACCCUAUCAGUGCAUGGAAUGUGGAAAGAGCUUCAUUCAGAGCUCCUCUCUCACUUCCCAUAAAAGAAUUCAUACAGGAGAGAAACCCUAUCAGUGUGUAGAAUGUGGAAAGAGCUUCAGUCACAGCCACAGUCUAAGUUACCAUCAGAGAAUUCAUACAGGAGAGAAACCCUAUCAGUGUUUGGAAUGUGGAAGGAGCUUCAGUCAGAGCUCCAAACUCACUUCCCAUCAAAGAAUUCAUACAGGGGAGAAACCAUAUCAGUGCUUUGAAUGCGGAAAGAGCUUCAGUAGGAAGGACAGUCUCACUUCCCAUCAAAUAAUUCAUACAGGGGAGAAACCCUAUCAGUGUUUGGAAUGUGGAAGGAGCUUUAGUCACAGGCACAGUCUCACUUCCCAUCAAAGAAUUCAUACAGGGGAGAAACCAUAUCAGUGCGUGGAAUGUGGAAGGAGCUUCAGUCAGAGCUCCCAACUCACUUCCCAUCAAAGAAUUCAUACAGGGGAGAAACCAUAUCAGUGCUUUGAAUGUGGAAAGAGCUUCCGUAGGAAGGACAAGCUCAUUUCCCAUCAACGAAUUCAUAUAAAGGUCGAAAAAACCAUUAUACAGUUUUAGGAAUCACGCAAAUCAGCCUCUCUUUAACCAGAUCUUUUGCUGAUUGACAUCUAAUGCUCUUUUAAAAUGUGGUGUUUUGUGUUUUUAUGUUGUAAUCUCCUGAGAUCUAUGGGUGUAGGGAAAAGAAGCCAACUCUUAAAGGCCUAGG